AUGAGACGGAAGAAGCGGCAGCGGUCCGAGAGCUUCCAAGUCGAUCAAGGCAGCGAUGGCGACACCCGCAAGCGCCUAGAAGUCUUCCACGCGCAGCUGUUCGAUCUGCCACAAGAAGAACCGUCUGUGGAGGCGUCCGAGACGCCUCACGUGCGGUUAAAGUCAAAGACCAGGCGACUGAAAAGGCAGUUGACGCGUGAUGACGUCGUAGGCGAUCAAGAAGUCGUGCCACUGGUGAAGCUCGUCGCGUCAAAGAAGGACAAGAGGAAGAAGAAGAAGAAGAGGGAGGAAGUGGAGCAGGUGGAGACAGUAGAAAAGGAGCAGACGAAGCAGAAGAACAAGAAGAAGGUUAUUGGGGCCGUGGACUCUGCAGUUGCGAAGCCUCUGAAGAGCUCGAAUAAGGAGCAGAGCAUUGUGUUGCAGCGGGUGAAGUGCCAAGAAGCUGCUGUGAAGAUAGUGCAGGCCCCACAGUGGCAUAGACUGCAAACGGAUUGCGCGAGAAACGGUGAUGCUGAUGGCGUGGACGUGUUGGAACAGGCGUUAGGAGGUGUGAAGGAGGUUGCAAUGAAGAAGAUGGAUAGGUUGUCGCGUGAAAAGCACAGGGCAGUGGUGGCUGACGAGACAAGUGCUGUUUUGAAGGUGGAGAACAUGAAGGAGGCUGGGAUAGCUGCUGGAAUGAUGGAUGCUGCAGUAGAAAAGGACGCGACCUGCAAUGAACCGUCGAAACGCGUGACGAAGAAGCAGAAGCAGAAGAAAAGGCUGGUGCUUUCUUCAUCGGAACGGACUGCUGAGGAGGAUGCUAACAUGCCUGUUAUUCGUGAAAACGAGGAGGUCGCAGGGAGCGGCAACAGUGGAAAAGCUGCCAAAUUCGUUGAAUUGAAAGCUUGCAGAAAGCAGAAAGAAACGAAAAGGGCGCUUGCAAAGCACAACGGCGAAUCGUCGCCCAAGGCGCCACCAAAACCUAGGCAACCCAAGCAAGGCAAACAUGUGGGGUCCUCCGGUAUGGCAGAGGGUGUCGACAAAGCCGUGCCCAAGAAGGGGCAAACAGUGCCAGGAAAGAAGGUGCAGAUAAGUGGCAAGUGUGUUAUCGCAGAUGUGUUACUGGAGAAUGCAGAUACGGAAGAUGAUGAGUUUCCGUCUAUUCACCAAGAGACUCGACGUGGAUUUUCAGCUUCCUACAAAUCUAUCGACAAGGUCGCGAUAUCCCAAGUUUCGGACGAAUCUUCUCCAGAAAGCAUAGGCGACAGUGACGAUGACUGCGACCGGAACAAUACAGGUAGCUCGUCUCUGUAUUCACGUCUCAUCGAUUCCGCUGCUCGAGAAAGAUGGGAGCUCGUAGAGGUGGGUCGUUUGGUUCGGCUGUUUGCUGCAGAAUGGGAAUACGAAGAAAGCGCGACGGCACGAUUCCUCUGCGAGACUUGCCCCGAACUCGUGAGUGUCGAUUUCUUGGAAGGAUUGGGUGUGAACUUGUCUGCGAAGCAGCUUAUCGAGAUCUUUGAAAUUGGAUCAGGAAAUGCCGGCGUGUUCAUGAACAAAAUAGCGUCUGCUGUAGAGAAUGGAGAUCUGAGUAUGCGUGACCCACACUUUAUUGCAACGUUAGAACGUCGUGUUGCGCUGAUGGAGUUGAACGCGGAAGUGCUAGAACUGCUAUAUCCGCUGCUGGAGAGUUUGUCGACAGUGCGUGAUGUGGGCUAUUUGCUGCAGCAGCUGUGUGAACACUGGCAAUUGGAGCGAAAGCUUGCUUUAGUGCAGCAGGCGCUGUUGUCGAAAGUAUUUGACGACCUCGAUGGCAACCAGGAUGAAAUCCUUCUUGACUUACCUGACCUCGCCGGGCGUCUAGAUUUUCCCAGCCGUUUGGAUCAGGAAGAUGUCGAUGAGAAUGGUAACUUGAGAGGCUUCCUCGUCAACGAUGAUAGUGACCUUAGUGGUGAAGAGGCGUCUGGAGAGGAAGAUGACGAAAAUGACAGUGAUGAUGAUGGCAAUCCAUACGACGGUGAGUCUGAAUCGGAUGGAGAUGCCACUGGUCGCACUCCUGGUAGCAAUCGCUUUAUCGAAGAAGAGGCCGACGUCGGUGAAGACGACGACGACGACGACGACGUCGAAGAUGAAGAAGACGAGAUAGAGCGACGUAGCCAGAACGCAUCGUCUUCGUCUGAUAGUGAUUGA